CUACCUGUCAGAUCAGGGCCAGAAUGUCCUCAGUGCCUUGGCCUUUUCCACAGGGCUAUGGCUGGCCCUCAUCCUGACCAUGCGGACCAUUCUCAGGAUGCUGCUGUGCUACCAUGGAUGGAUGUAUGAAGAGCAUGGCAAGAUGUCCAACAUCACCAAGAUCUGGCUGGCUCUGGUGAAAAUCUUUGCUGGCCGGAAAGCCAUGCUGUAUAGCUAUCAGUCCUCGCUGCCUCGUCUGCCUGUCCCAUCUAUCAAGGAUACGAUGCGACGCUACCUGGAGUCUGUACGACCUCUUCUGACGGAUGCCGAGUUCCAGCGCAUGACCGGUCUUGCCCGCGACUUCGAACGCAACCUGGGACCUCGUUUGCAGUGGUACCUCAAGCUGAAAUCUUGGUGGGCAUCCAACUAUGUGAGUGACUGGUGGGAAGAGUACAUCUAUCUCCGUUCACGAGGCCCUCUGAUGGUAAAUAGCAACUAUUACGCCAUGGAUUUCCUGUAUGUAACCCCAACCCCAAUCCAGGCUGCUCGUGCUGCUAACCUAGUCUAUGCCAUGUUGUUGUACCGACGGAAGCUCACCCGAGAAGAGAUAAAGCCUAUGAUGAUCCAAGGCUCCCUGCCCAUGUGCUCGGCUCAGUUUGAACGCAUGUUUAAUACAACACGUAUCCCAGGCAAAGAGGGAGACCGAGUACAGCAUAUGAGAGACAGCGAGCACAUCGCAGUAUACCACGCUGGGCGCUUCUUUCGGGUGUGGCUGUACUACAACGGGAGACUCCUGCAACCUCGUGAACUUCAGGCCCAGUUUCAGUCAAUUCUGGACAACCCAACGCCACCUCUGCCCGGCGAGGAGAAGCUGCCAGUCUUGACUGCUGCGGACAGAGAUCCCUGGGCCCGGGCCCGCCAAACGUACUUCCAGUCAGGGAAGAACCAACAAUCUCUGAAUGUUGUGGAGAAAGCCGCCUUCUUUGUCACCCUGGACACCAGCGAACAAGGAUUACAGGGGCCCAAUCCAGGUCAGGCGCUGGACGCCUAUGCCAAGUCCCUGCUACAUGGGCGCUGUUAUGACAGGUGGUUUGACAAAUCUUUCACGCUGGUAGUUUUCCGCAAUGGGAAGGCUGGCUUGAAUGCCGAACACUCCUGGGCAGAUGCACCUGUCGUUGGUCACCUCUGGGAGGUAUGUGUCUGUGUAAAGUGCUGUCAAGCUGAGCAAGCAUGGGAACCCCACAGGGUCCUCAAGCAUACCCAGCAAGUUUCCAUGGCGGAGUGA